AUGAAACAAGGUUCAGCUACUGUGGGCAUCAAAAGCCAGUCGCACGCUGUUCUGGCAGCUCUGAAGCGUGCUCAAAAUGAACUUUGUUCACACCAGAAGAAAAUUUAUGAGAUCGAUACCCAUGCCGGCGUCUCAAUCGCUGGUUUACUGUCUGAUGGAAGAAUUCUCGCAAGG